AUGAGAGAUCAAAUAGACCUGCUGGCCACAGUCACAGUUCUGGGGGUCCUGGAGCAAGCCUAUUUUGCAAUGCACGUGAUCUACGCCCGUCGGAAGUACAAGAUUUCCCCUCCUGAAACAACAGGUCACCCUGAAUUUGAGAGGACCUUCAGAGCUCAGGCAAACUGCUCAGAGUACUUCCCAAUCUUCAUUUCCCUCCUCUGGGUUGCUGGAAUCUUCUUCCAUCAAGGUGUGACUGCAGCGUGUGGGCUGCUGUACCUCUACACCCGCCUCAGGUACUUCCAGGGCUACGCCGGGGCUGCCCAGGGACGGUUGGGACCACUGUAUGCCAGUGCCUGGCUGCUCUGGGUGCUGCUGGGGCUGGCACUGGCUGGGCUCCUGGCACACUUCCUGAGGCCCAGCUCCUCCACGUGGAUGGCAGCACUGGUGUGGCCUCUCCAGCUCCGUGGUGCCUGGUGAGAGGGGCCA